GGCUAAUGUCCAAUAGUCCAAUAAAAGCCACAUCAUUCUCGACCACCCAACCAUACACAAUGUCAGCCCAUAUCGCCAUUUUAACGGCGUUAAUCCUGUCAGCUGGAUUGGCAAAAAUAAACUGCGAGGACACUAUUGAAAACAAAUUGACCAAUGUAGAAAGUAAUUUACACACAAACUCUGACGAAGGCUUGGUUAGGUUCUAAUGUUUCCGUCAACUCUGAAAAAGACGGAGACUCUAGCCUUCGAUCUGGGAAUGUAGAAGAAUCUCAGAAGUAUGAUGUACCUGACCAGGUAGUGAACAUGCCUAUAAUAGCAUCUGACAUUGAAAUUAAAAAGAUUGUUCCUUGCCUUACACAAACAGCAAAUUGCGAAAGUUACUACACAGAUCUGAGUUCUUCAGUUUCUAACAAUCCACCUGAUUCUGAGAGCCCAUCCGAUUCUAUCAACCCAUCUGAUUCUAAAAGCAUGCCCGGUUAUAAAAGCCCAUCUGAUUCUAACAGCAUGCCCGAUUCUAACAGCCCAUCUUAUUCUGACAGCAUGCCCGAUUCUAAAAGCCCAUCUGAUUUUAAUAGCCCAUCCGAUUCUAAGAGCAUGCCCGAUUUUAAAAGCCCAUCCAAUUCUAAAAGCACGCCCGAUUCUAACAGCCCAUCCGAUUCCAACAAAGUAUUCGAGCAAAUGAAAUCGUUUUAUGUACCCUACUGUUAUCAAACUCGCUACUUUUCCUCUUCUAAUACUAAUCAACCGUCAAAUGAUUUACAAUUUCCCUACUUCAACAACUUACCCAGUUUCAAAGGGUCUACAGGAGGGUUACAAGAAUCUAAAAUAAACAAGAUCGAAAAUAACAAAUUUAAUCCAUUCACAUUGUUUAAACAUUCCAGCGUGGUACCACCUCGUUCGUAUACAAACCCUCUCCCUUUUGCCCAUUUCGGCCCUCCAGCAGAGCAAGAUAAAGAAGCGUUACAAGAAUCUCAAAUAAAUAAGAUCGAAGAUAUCAACCCAUACAAUUUGUUUAAACAUUCUGGAGCAUUCCCAACUGCUCCGUACGUAGAGCCUCCCCCUUUCGCCCAGUUCAGCCCCUCACCAGAGGAAGAUAUUUACAAGAAUACGGCUCCCUUCAACAUGGAGGUCAUGGAGGUGGCAGAGCCUACGUUUAUAGUACCGGAGAACUACGAGAGAAUGAUGGUCAUGCUCCCGGCUCCCUGCACCCCCGAAGAGAACCCAUCGAUUUUAUGUGAACGACAGGGACGUUGUGAGGAGUGAAACCAGAAGCGACAGUGGGGAGUUCAUUUCAAGUUACACCACGGCAGACGGUACCAGGAGAUCAGAGAGGGGAUCUCUGGUAGACACUCCGGACGGUGAUCAGGUACUCGUCCUCAGGGGGUCCUACUCCUUCACCAGUCCUGAAGGUCUCGAGGUCAACGUGAA